GAUAUACGUCAUCGCUUAACGUCGUUUUCACGUUCAUGCUGGGUUAGAUUUUUAACAUGUUUAACAAAAAGCCUCGCAGAAAUUUCAGGCAAAGGAAAGAUGAAUCCAGUGAGGAAGAUGAGAAUGAAAAAGUCGCCAACUGUGACGCUACAAAGGAAACGGAGAAACCGAUCCACUUUUCAACAGCAGAUUUAGCGCGAAGAGGGGUUUCAAGCGGUUCAAAAUCACGAAGGUCUGACUCGAGUGAUGCGGAGGAGCCAGCUGUCACUUCACUGCAGUCUAAAGACAAUAAUCACUCAUCAAAAACCAACACACUCAGCUUUCUCGAGGACAAGGAUUCCACUGAGGGAAGUUCUUUUAAAGUGAAUCGAUCAGUCAAUAAAGAAGUGCUUUUCCAAGCACGGAAAAAGGAGGAUCCCCCUGUACCGUUACCAAGCUCUCAAGUUAAGAAAAAGCUAGAUGUCAGUGUGCAGUCUGACAGUGAUGCUGAGGAUGUACUGCCUGACAGUGAUGAUGGAAGCUCUUCUACCAUCUCAAGUUCAUCCAGUUCGUCAAAACCACAGACAGUCACCAUCCCAGAUGCUAGAAAGAUUCAUGCUGCCAAAGAGCAGAGAAGACAAGCCCGAGCCCGGCAAGAUUACAUCCCACUGGAUUCACCCAGCACUCCUGGAAGUUUAAUGGAAGAAGAUCGGAGCGAGGCUGAGCAAAACAGCGAUGAUGAGCCAGAUGAUCAUGAACGCAGAAUCGAGUUUGCACCCAAACCCAAGACUCUGAGAGAGCGUAUGGCCGAGAAGAUGGAGAGUGGUAGUGAAGAGAGUUUUUCAGAUAGUCAGGAGGAGGAAGACCAGCACAUUUGGGAGGAGCAACAGAUCGGAAAAGGAGUCAGUAAACACCAAAAGCGACAUCAGGCUCCUGUGAGACCAAACAGAAAAAAGAAAUUGGACAUCCCUGAAACACAUCCAGCAGUCAGCAUUGAUGUCAUAAAGAAAAGAAUAGUUGGAAAAUUAGAUUCGCUGAGGGAGGUGCACAGGGCACGGGAGGCAGACCUAAGGAGGAUUCAGCUGGAUGUUGAAAUGGCCAAGAGCACCUUAGAGAGCCUCGAAACUCACCUUGCAGACGAGCAGCUCCGCUUCUACCGCACCAUGAACAUAUUCUCACAGAACUUGCUGGAAUGCCUGUCUGAGAAGAUGGCUUUAAUAAACUCGGUUGAGUUGGAUAUGCACAGUCUUUACAUUGACCAGGCGGAGGCGCUGUUGAGUCAGAGAAGAGAAGAAGUGCAAGAGGAAUCCACUCGAAUUCAAAAGCUAACUUAUAAUACUGAUUCACAAAGCAAUGGUGACGCUACUGGAGGUUCCAGCCCAGCUCAGCAGAGUCUUCAAGUGUUUUCAUGUCUUAGCUUGCUUGACUAUUCUGAAGAUGUUGAGUGCUUACUGUCUGAUUGGGAACCGGCGACUGCUCAGGAGGCGGAGCUACAAAGUAAAAGAGCUGACCUACUGAAUAGGUCUCAGGAAAUAUUUGCAGAUGUUCAGACGGACUUUUGGGACGUGAAGAAAAUCCUAUCCAGAUUUGAUGAGUGGCGUGUCUCGUUUCCAGAAUCCUACAAUAAUGCCUACAUUGGACUGUGCCUUCCCAAACUUCUGGCCCCUCUGAUCCGACACCAGCUCAUUGGCUGGAAUCCACUUAAGGCAGAGGGGGAGGACUUUGAGGCGUUACCGUGGUAUUCUGCUGUUGAGAGGUUCUGCCAUGGUCAGGGUUAUGAAGAAUCGGAGAACAUGGAUAUGAAGACACUGCCCACCAUAUCCGAGAAGACAAUCUUAUCCAAAGUUCAAGGUUUUGUGGAGCUGGUGUGGGACCCUCUGUCUUCACAGCAGUCUAACAACCUCACCACACUGUGCAAGAGAAUACAGGAUGACUAUUCUGUAUUUGAUGGUGAACAAAGCAAACCAGUCAAGGCCUUUGUAGAAGCAGUUAUUCAGAGACUGAGGAGUGCAGUAGACAAUGAUGUCUUUGUCCCACUUUACCCCAAAAAGUCUUUAGAUGACAGGAGGUCACCACAGUUCCUGUUUCAGAACAAACAGUUUUACUCGGCUGUAAAGUUGCUUGGUAAUAUGGCUUUAUGGGAUGGAUUGAUUCCGGAGCAGAUUCUUAAAGAGCUGAUGUUGGAAAAACUCCUGGGUCGUUAUUUGAUGAUAACGGUCCUUAAUGAUUCUAGUCCAAAACAUACCGUCCAGAAAUGCAAAAAGAUUGCAGAUUGUUUUCCAACAUCAUGGUUUAUGGAUGUGAACAUUGGGUCGUCUCUACCUCAGCUACAGAACUUCAGAAAACAUCUUGAACAGGUUGCUCACAUGAUAUGCAAGGACAGCAGUGAUCCCAGCAGCACUCGAGCACUUUUAUCUGAAGUCUUGUGUUUACUUCAGAACAUCAAGGCAGACGACAGUAUUACGACUAUAAUAAACAAAUAUCAUUGUGAAGAUCUGUUGAAAGCUCAGUGGCAUCCAUGAACAUUUUAUUAUGUUUAAUAUGUACAUGUAUAGUGAAUAAAAUAUUUGCUUCGUGUGGCUGUAGUUUCAAUUGCUGCUUUUUUUUACUUCUUUCCAAGACAUUCCACUACAUUUUAGUAUUACCGUUUUUAUUGAUUGCUAACACAUAAUUCAUUAAACAAUUCCCCAUUUUCUGACAACUAUAAACACAUUCUCAGAACAAUACACCAACUUGUACAAACCCCACACAAAACGUCCUCAUUUUGCAAAGGUUUAACCUUGUUCUCAUUCAGAAAACACAUAAUAUAAUGAACUGAAGUCAUCAGUAAACAUUCAAAACUGAUGACACACCAAUCAGAAUCUCAGGAUAAUAUUAAUAGGAGCGCAUCCUAGAAUCAUCUACUGGGCUUUAUACUACUUAAACAUACAGUAUAAUUACAGUACACACUUUAUGUGAGAGAAAUUUCACUAUUCUGUAUCCAGUAAACUAGCCCAUGUACACCCUCAAAUUUGUGAUUGUAGCCGUUUUUACCUGCUCCUUAUUUUUGCAGAACUCUGAGACGACUAAAGGCCAAAAUACACUCCAAGACUUUUGCCCAGAUUUUCAGUCUGGAGUUGUUGCAGAAAGUCUGUGCCAGUCUGCAGAUUUGAUCAGUAAGUGUGUUUCCAUCUGAAACUUUCAAAAAGUCUGCAAGUGUAUGAUGUCUAGUUUUAAAAAACUGUUCAGAUUUUAAGAGUCUUAUAGUGUUUUCCAGCCAUACGUAAAGAAAAUCUGCUAUAGUAUACUUUUACGAAAUUGUGCCAAAGGUGCAGAGGAUCCCAUAUUUUUUAUCGCCUCCUAUUGACAAAUCGCUUUACUCUAUUGUUUCCUUUAUCUUCUCUUUAAGUCACUUUGGAUAAAAGCAUCUGCUAAGUGCCUGAAUGUAAAUGUUAUUUGUGUAGUUGUAUAUAACAUAUUGUUCUUUGGUUUUUGAACUUUUCUUGUCUUGUAAGAUCAUCUACUUCAUCUACUUUCAUCUUAGAUUACUUGACAGUUGUGUAAUGUUUUUUUUCCUAAAGCUCAUUGUUGCAUUUUGCUCUAUCUGAAAUAAAAGUAAAUUAGCUUAUUUAUUGGUUUAUUUUUGUUGCAUGUUUCCCCCCUGCCCAUAUGUCCCUGUGGUUCCAGUUUAUAAAGAUGACUAAUGUCAUCAUGACCUGUAAACCAAACUCUUGUAUUUUAUUGAAUGGGUCCUUAAAGAAUACUUGCAUAUGUAGGAUGCCUUUCUAAUAAAUGAGAGUUGCAGAAAGGAAUCGUGUAUAUAUAUGGCAGAAGAGAGUCAGAGCGUCUGCCACAUAGCCUACUGGACUUUUUUGCCUUCAUGAAAAUUUUCAUGUGGAAGUUGCACUAUUAAGUCAGCGUUGCAUAAUGCAAAACCAUAAAAUGGCAAAUGUUCUGAUCCAAAAGUCUGUUUGGACUAACAUUUCGCUGUGAGAGUGGAAGAUCUCACACCUCUAGACUAGUCUGUCACAGCACUGUGAGAUUUCACUUUUAUUCUAUUAUGGUGAGAUAGUUCAUGACUGAUUCCAUUUCUAACAGUUUCCAUGUCAACCAGUAACCUCUGCUAUAUUUUCAAU